CAAUGCAGCGCAGUGUUAUUAUUAUUCUAAUCCUUGCUCUAAAUUUAAACUACAAUUGUGCACUAAUAUUUAAAUUCAAAAAUGUUCAAUGCAAAUCAUUCAACGAAUCAUUAAUGUCUAUACCGAUUUGUCAAAUUCGUGCCGUUGCCCGGGAUAAAAAUGUAUUAAAUUUCUGGGCCAUUUCGCGAUAUUCCGUCAAUGAAGUUUCCGCCGAAGUUCAAAUUUUCAAACGCGCCAAUGGAUUCAAGCCGUGGCUAUUUAAAUAUACCAUCAACUUUUGUGAAUAUUUACAGAAAAAGAACCAUCGACUUUUUACUCUUAUUUUUAAUCUGUUCAAAGAGUAUACAAACUUGGCAACCAAAACAUGUCCUCUCGUGGGAAAUAUAACGGUUUUAGGACUUAAUCUGAAUUUUGAACGACUUAAGCUUCCUCUUCCAACUGGCAACAUCUUGGAUUUUGGACAAAAAAUUAACAUCAAAUUUGAAUGUAACAUUUGAGUUUGUUGAGGACUUUGGACUUGACGCAGAAAAAAGUCUUUCCGGGCACUAAAGUUUUUUUUUGAUAGAGAUCGAACAGAACAGAACAGAAAUCGAACAGUUUUAAAUUUUCAAGUGUUUUCAUAACAAU